UUUUGUGAAAAACCUGAGAAGUGCCUCACUCUCCUCUCUUCUUCUUCUCGAUUUGGGACUUCAAUGGCGCAUCGGCUACUGCGAGACGCGCAGGCGGACGGAUGGGAGCGCUCCGACUUCCCCAUCAUCUGCGAGUCCUGCCUCGGCGACAAUCCUUAUCUUCGCAUGACAAAAGCAGACUAUGAUAAAGAGUGCAAAAUUUGCACACGGCCAUUCACUGUCUUCCGAUGGAGACCAGGGCGUGAUGCAAGGUACAAGAAGACAGAAAUCUGUCAGACUUGCUGCAAACUGAAGAAUGUGUGCCAGGUCUGCUUGUUGGAUCUGGAAUAUGGGUUGCCAGUUCAGGUCCGGGAUACUGCUUUAUCUAUUAAUUCGAAUGAUUCCAUUCCAAAGAGUGAUGUGAAUCGGGAGUACUUUGCUGAGGAGCAUGACCGCAGGGCUAGAGCUGGUAUAGAUUAUGAAUCCUCAUUUGGAAAGGCACGUCCCAAUGACACAAUUUUGAAGCUUCAGAGGACAGUGCCUUACUACCAGAGAAAUAGAGCUCAUGUUUGUAGCUUCUAUGCGCGUGGUGAGUGUGCUAGAGGUUCUGAAUGCCCAUACCGUCACGAGAUGCCACAAACUGGGGAGUUAUCUCAGCAAAACAUAAAAGACCGAUACUAUGGAAUAAAUGACCCUGUUGCCAUGAAGCUCUUGGCCAAGGCAGGGGAGAUGCCAUCCCUUGUCCCUCCUGAUGAUGAGAGCAUAAAGACUCUCUAUGUUGGUGGCCUAGAUGCUCGAAUUAGUGAGCAAGAUCUCAGAGAUCAGUUUUAUGCCUAUGGUGAAAUAGAGUCCAUCAGGAUGGUGCUUCAGCGUGCUUGUGCCUUUGUGGCGUACACAGCUAGAGAGGGUGCUGAGAAGGCUGCAGAAGAGCUAUCGAACAAGCUGGUGAUCAAAGGUCUGCGCUUGAAGUUGAUGUGGGGGAGACCACAGACUCUGAAGCCUGAAGGUGAGGGAGGAGAAGAUGAAGCUGCGAGGCAAGGGCUUGUGGCCCACGGAGGUAUGCUCCCCCGAGCCCUUGUAUCUCAGCAACAAAGCGGCCAGCAACCUCUCCCUUUCGGCAUUGAGGACCAGCAGCAGCAGCAGGCAAUGCCCUACUUCAACAUUCCAGUGCCACUACCAUCACAGCGAACCUCCUACCCAUCAAUGGAUCCUCAGAGGAUGGGGGCAGUUGUGCCAUCUGGAGAGGCAAGCGACAGCAAAACAGGACUGGAAAAGCCAGGCCAACCCCGAGGACUGGAUGGUUCAGGACAUUCUUCAUAUCCUUUAGCACCACCUCCACCACAGCCUCAUGGCCAGUACCCAAAUUUCUAUCCGCCAUACAGGUACCCUACACCACUGCCACCAAUGCACUAUCAGCAUCAGUACCCACCCUAUCAACUGAUGCCGGGGCCUCCACCCCAACCACCAUCGGCAGGAAGGCCAUAGGAACAAUAAAGGGCAGCUACUUCUUCUACACCUGAAUUUUGAAUUAUACCUUUUCUAACUUUUGUUUGGGUGUCUUUAACACCUCAAUCUGUAAACAGAAACAUUUGAAUUCAAAUUCUUGCUGUUGACGACUGUAUUAGAAUAUGUUCAGUGUGCUAUGUUCACGUAGGGAACUUAGUUUGACAUGCCAUUCUCCCUGGUUAUUAAUGUUUUGGCUA